GACCCCCGCGAGAUGUGUGGGCAUAGGGAGAAAAAAUGUGAGAUUUGUGGGGAACUAUGAAAGCAUUCUUUGAAAGGAACUUUAAAAUGUGCUUCAAUUCGCAUAUAUUUUUUUGCUAAGUAUUAUUGUGGAUCAUGUAUUUUAUAAAAAUUAUUAAUUGGACCUUGUAUUUUAUCAAAUAACAAAAUAAAUUUUGUAUUUUUUAAAAUUGUAUAAAUAGGGCUUGAACUAAUUUUAUGUCAAAGUAAAAUUUAAUAAUAAUUUAAUUAAAUGAUGAUAUGAAAAAAUUAAUUACAAUUUCUAUAUUUGCUCGUGUUUGAAAUUUUCUUAUAGCUGAUUAUAUUAAAAAAUAAAAUUGUUAAAAAUUGAGCUCAGGGUCCUAUUUUCCCCCAGUUUAGAAAAUAUAAGGUCAAUUUUGUCAUUUAACAAAAUAGAGAGUCUAAUUGGUAACUUCUGCAAAACACAAGGUCCAAAAUAGUAUUUACCCUAUUUCUUUUCCUUUUUUGUUAGAAUCAUUCCUAUUAUAUUCUACAUGAAUACCUACUAAUAUAUUUUUUUUGAAGUAUAUUCUAUUGUAUGAUUUAUACAUACUUAACAGAAAUUAGUUAUCAAUUAGGUUUUUGUUAUUUUGUCUGUUACAUAAUUUUAUUUUGCUGUUGGUCCAUCUUAUUUAUUCUUUGAUAUCUAGUCAUCAUAUUGCUAUUAGUUGAGAAUAACAAGUUCUUUUCGGCUAAAGAAGUUAUUAGUAGUGCAAUUACGUACCUAUGCACAAUAGUUAAAUGUUCAAGAUAAGGAGUUGAAUGAAUGCGGCAAGAGAUACUAUUGUGUCUUCUUAGUGAUGGAGGAAACUGAAUAUAAUUAUUUUUAAAGUUAAUUGUGAUGCUGCAAUCUCUUUCGUACCAUUUUAUGUUAAUUUUUUAAGUCAAACGAUCUGAAAAUCAAACGGUCGAUUAGUUGAUUCGUUUUUCGUUUUACUUUAGAUAAUUACUAUUAAUAAAAUUACAUCAUUUCUUCAAACAAAUUAUAUCUUUUUGCAGCAAUUAUUAUUACUGUUUUUAUAAAAUAGAGGGUGUAGAAAGAUUUUUUUUCUUCGUUCAAAUUUCUUUUAAAAAAUGGUAAUUUUGUACUUUUUUUUUUACUUUGUAAUUGUGUAAUGUAUGAAAAUUAAGAAAGGGUGUAUUCCAAAAUUAAAUAUCUAUAUGGAGUUACAAAAACCAAGACAUAUGGAAACAUUUUUUUUUUAAUUCUUUAAAUUCCCUUAAUGGAAAAUCAACUAAAUAGCAAGUAUUUUAUUUCAAAAUUAAUUUUCAGAUUUCUAGAAUGAAUUUGAAGUUCUUGAAAGAAACAAAAUAAAAAUUGACAUUAUUUCUCAGAUAAAAUUUCUCUAUGAUAUUUUUCAGAAGACAAGUGUAUGUCAUUCCUAUAUACAUUUAUGGCAUUUAUAUAUUACCAUUGGUGAAAAUAAUAAAAAGUGUCAACGUUGACAAUUAAUUUUUACAUGCUUUUCAUGCACAAAUUCAGAUACCAAAAAAGUUACAUUUGAAUCGGUAAAACUUUUUUUUUUUGUUUAUUCUUUUCCUUUUUCUAUGUUUUAAAAGAAAAUUAUAUUAUUUAUUUAUUUAUUCCAUUUUGGGUUUGCAUUUUAUUGCUCUUUCCAAUUUGUUGUGAAAUAUAUGUGAUCCUUAAUUACAUUCAUAUAAGUGGACAAAUAGAGAGACAAUAACAUUCUAACACCCUACCAUGAUCCCCUGAUUAUAAAUCUCUUCUCCAAGAUUCCAAUUCUACACUCACAAUAUUCUUCAGUUUUCUUAUAACUUCCAGUCAAGAGAUACAAGAUUCAACAUAACUAUUUAGUAUCAUUAGUAGAUAUGAAUGUAGAUAAUAAUAAUAAUCAUGAGAGGAGUAGAAGUACUAGUGAUCAAAACUUUUCAAUAGAAGAUGUUGAAUCAAGCGACAAGAGUAAUGCUUUUGAUGAUGAUGGUCGAGUUAGAAGAACUGGGACUUUGAUGACUGCAAGUGCACAUAUUAUAACAGCUGUUAUUGGGUCUGGAGUGCUUUCUUUGGCUUGGGCAGUUGCUCAGUUGGGAUGGAUUGCAGGCACUUUGGCUCUUAUUAUGUUCUCUGUAAUAACUUUAUUUACUUCUAGUCUUUUGGCUAAUUUUUACAGGUUCCCAGAUCCAAUUACUGGAACAAGAAACUAUACUUACAUGCAGGCUGUUGAAACAUACUUAGGAGGAAGGAAGUACAGGUUUUGUGGUAUAGCUCAAUAUAUUAAUCUUGUAGGAUCAUCCAUUGGCUAUACAAUCACUACAGCCUUUGGUAUUGGGGCCAUAAAAAGAGCAACUUGUAUUCAUAAAAAUGGGCAUACAGCAGCUUGUCAUGCAUCAAACGAGCUCUCCAUGCUCAUAUUUGGUGUUGUUCAGAUUGUUUUGAGCCAAAUACCAAAUAUCAGCAAGCUAUCAGGACUAUCUGUCAUAGCAGCCAUCAUGUCUUUCACUUACUCUUUCAUUGGCAUUGGUCUAUCAGUCUCUAGAAUCGCAGGAGGGGAACAUCCCAAGACAAGUAUAACUGGUGUAGAAGUAGGUGUAGAUGUCACAAGUGAAGAGAAAAUUGUGCGCUGCUUUCAGGCUCUUGGAAACAUUGCAUUUGCCUAUGCUUUCUCUCAAAUCCUUAUAGAGAUACAGGACACACUGAAAUCAAGCCCACCAGAACACAAAGUAAUGAAGAAAGCUACCACAGUUGGAGUCACUAUCACAACCUUCUUUUACAUGCUAUGUGGAAUACUAGGCUACAUAGCAUUUGGAAACAAGGCGCCGGGAAAUUUUCUAACUGGUUUUGAUGAGCCUUUCUGGCUUGUUGACUUUGCUAAUGCCUGUAUUGUUGUUCAUCUCGUUGGUGCUUAUCAGGUAUUUUCCCAACCUGUUUUCAGUUCAGUUGAAGAGAAGAGUCGAAAAUGGUGGCCGGAGACAGCUUUUGUAGUGAAAGAGUACCCCAUUAAGAUUCCAUUUUUGUGUACUUUCAAGUUGAAUUUCUUCAGAGUUGUGUCGAGAUCAUUGUAUGUGACGGCAACAACUACUCUGUCAAUUAUAUUUCCUUUCUUCAAUGACAUUUUAGGUCUACUUGGAGCAUUAGUUUUCUGGCCAUUAGCUGUGUACUUCCCCAUAGAAAUGCACAUAGUUCAGACCAGGGUUUUGAGCUAUUCUAUGAAAUGGUGGGGGCUGAAAGUACUAAGUGGAGCUUGCCUAAUUGUUUCUCUGCUUGCUGCUGCUGGUUCGGUUAGAGGCAUAAUUAUAGAGCUCAAGACAUACAGGCCUUUCAUGUCUGUAUCUUGAUUCUUGAUGACAGUGUACUUUAAAUACUGUUAUAUUGAAUUUAUUUACCUUGAGUUUUCAACUAGAUUAAAGCUUUAAUCAACUAA